AUGGGCAAGGUCGGAAGACGGAAGAAAUCUACGGUCGCAUUGACUAUGAGCACGUUUGAGGAUGAUGGAACGCAAGUGGAAAGACGUAGUACGGUGAGAAAACGUACCCGGAGAAGACCUGAAGAGACUCAACAGUUUCGGAACGCAUUCAGAGAAUUCUGCCUUAACGUGAACACCAUUGGAGUCCAAGGAUUAGUCACGCAGUUCGCAGCAAUCAGAGCAGAAACGCAGUCUUUUCAAGGCAAAGCAAAGGCUGCUUUUGAUGCCAAUCCCACGAAGAAUCGGUAUAAAGAUGUGGUUUGCACGGACACAUCCCGUGUGGUACUCACUUGGCCCAACCCU